AUGUCUGUGAGCGUUUUGUCCAAGGGCUCCGUGAAGAAGACGGACCAAGAAUGGAAGUCCCUCCUCUCGCGCGAAGAGUACCGCAUUCUCCGCGAAAAGGGCACCGAGCGCGCCGGAUCAGGCGAGUAUGACAAGUUCUAUCCGAAGAAGGGUGAAGGCCACUUUGCCUGCAGGGGGUGUGGCAACCCGCUCUACUCCGCAGCCGCGAAAUUCAACAGCGGGUGUGGGUGGCCUGCGUUUGACAAGUGCUACAAGGGCGCCGUCACGACACACGUCGACAACUCUUUCGGCAUGCGUCGUGUUGAGAUUGUGUGCGGCGCGUGCGGCGGCCACCUCGGCCACGUGUUUGAAGGGGAGCGCAUGACGGACACGAACGAGCGGCACUGCGUCAACUCUGUCAGCAUCCGCUUUGUCAAGGGCGUCGAGCCCUCGGGCGCAGACGAGGAGAAGGUCACGGGCUACUGA